GUUUUGGUGGUGCGUUCGCUGCGGGAGGAGGCGAGCCCGCCAGCCUCAGUGUUCCGCCGGCCGUCGUCGGCAGCGCGCGUGCUAUCCCCGCACCCGGAUUUUUUCCGCCCGACAAAAGUUUUUCAAGUUUCCGUCGGACGUUGAAAGUGUUGAGUUGCAGUUGUAUUAACAGUUGUUUUGUGCAAAAGGAUUAUUGAACCGUGUUUCUGGAGAUUUUUAUUGUGUUUCACGGGAAUUAUGGGACGAUGGUGACGCGAAACUCCCGUGGACUGGCCACAAGAGGUUGAACCGUGACGAGAUGCGAACCUGACGCACCAUGACCCGAAGAGAGCCAUGCCGGAGCUUCGCCAUCAGCGUCAUACAGAUCAUCACUAUCAUAUGUCAAGUUCUGACGGAGGAGCCUCGAUUCGCGGAGCCGAUCCCCAACGUGACGGUGGCGCUCGGCAGGGACGCCAGCCUGCCCUGCGUCGUCGAACACCUUGGCACUUAUAAGGUGGCGUGGAUCCACAUCGACCGUCAGAUGAUCCUCACGAUCCACCGGCACGUGAUCACCCGGCUGGCGCGGUUCAGCGUCUCGCACGACAAUGCCAUGACGUGGCUGCUGCACGUCAGCCAAGUCCAGCAGGAGGACCGCGGCUACUACAUGUGUCAGGUCAACACCAACCCCAUGAUCAGCCAAGUGGGAUAUCUGCAGGUUGUUGUGCCCCCCAACAUCCUGGAUGAGGAGAGCACACAGUCAGCAGUAGCCGUGCGUGAGAACCAGAACAUCAGUCUGGUGUGCAAGGCUGAUGGCUUCCCCACGCCCAAGAUCAUGUGGCGACGGGAGGACGGACAACCCAUCUCUGUGGAUAGGAGGAAGAAAGUGACGGUGUAUGAAGGCGACACUCUGAGCCUACAACGCAUCAGCCGCACGGAGAUGGGGGCGUACCUGUGCAUCGCCACUAACGCGGUGCCGCCUUCCGUUUCCAAGAGAAUCAUUGUUGAUGUUGAAUUCUCGCCGAUGAUCUGGGUACCGAACCAGCUGGUGGGUGCACCAGCCGGGACGGACGUGACGGUGGACUGCCACACGGAGGCACAUCCUCGCGCCAUCUCCUACUGGGUGUACGACAACGUCAUGGUGCUGCCUACUAAGAAGUAUGCCAUCAAUACUGAGGAGAACUCCUAUAGAGCGCACAUGAAGCUAACAGUUCGGAACCUACAGACGGGAGAUUUCGGCAACUACAGGUGCAUCUCGAAAAAUUCCCUCGGGGAGACGGAGGGCUCUAUCCGACUGUACGAAAUCCCGAUGCCGUCGACGUCGCCAAAGGCCACGGAAAUGAAAAGCAAUGCCAACAAAGAGAGCGUGAGGCGCGUGAACGUGAGUCGGUCGGUGUCCCGCGCCGACCCGGGCACGGAGCGGCCCAGCGUGGUGCGCGCCCAACUCGACCGCGCGCCCGACCGCGACGCCGCGCACCACGUCUAUCGCCCGCCUCACACGCAGCACGUCUCAGGAACAAAACGGAUCCAUUGUUGGCGGCAAUCGUUCCUGGCUAUCAUUGUUCUAGUACAAGUGGACCUCAUUGUAUAACUAGCUUUAUUUACAGACCUACAUUUAUCAGUUCACCUGUUUUACUCCUCAACACACAGAAAUUAUUGUGACCAAAAUAUUUAUUUAGAUUCGUCUUCCUAUAAAUGUGAUUUUUAUUUUUAAAUUAAAUUAUAUGUAACGUUGAAACAUAUCAUCACUAAAUUGUGAUCUCAUAUCCCGAGCGACGAAUGUGUGUGAAUGAAUUUUAUAAUUAUUGUACGAGUGAUAUUCAGUUCAAGUCCCAAUUUUAAGGUGUAGCUUUAAGAAUCCUGAUGAUUUUUAAAUGGGCAGCAUUUAAUAUGCAGCGUCAAUCAUUAAAAAUGUGCAAACUAUUGUUAAAAUUUGAUACUCAAAAUAUUUGUAACAACAAGCAUUCUUUCAAUCUUUCCAGUCGCUGGUGUGAGGAAUUCCGAAUUUGCGGAACAUUCAGAAUGAAAGUUCUCCUCAGAAACGUUUCUCAUCAAAUAAUAGAGUAUUUGAGAUUCGUCAUCAGGUGGCACGUGGAUGUUCACAAUAGUUCCAAGUAAUUAUUCAUGAACCUCGUUAACCUACUCGGUAUUUCCUACUCCCAUUUCCAUUUUAAAUUAUACAUUACGUAUUAUACGUGCAUUGUCCUUCCGCAGGCGACUACUCUAGCGUCAUACGAAUAUUUGUGAUUCAGUGCUUCGCCUAGAAUAAUCCUAAUGAAUUGUGCCAAAGAUAAGCAUCUCCACAGUUAUUUAUAUAACUUAUAUUAUUCAUUUUACAUAGAACGUAGACUUUACCUGUUCAUUUUGUUGUGUCAUUAACAAUUUUAUGGUCAACGUUAUAGAUAUUGUUUGUCUAAGUAAUAGUAUAACCAAGCUUGCUACUCACGCUUGUCAAAAUGUAAAUAUAAAAAUUAAUGCACAGUAAAUAAUAAAAUAAAAUUUUAAACGUAAUAUUAUCUUCGUAUCUGAAUAUUAUUUGUUAAUUCGACCUAAUAUAGAUAUAUGUUAAU